AUGUCAUCAAGCUUCGUCCUCUCACUUGCCGGCACCGCAUUGGAUGCGAAGCAAUUCAUAGCCGCACUAGACAAGCGCGCUUCAUGUCGACGAGACUUCGUUCUAUUGGGCGUAGACCUCCCAUUGGACACAAAGACGUCCAGACCUUAUGGAAGUGCCCCUUGCAUCCACGGCUUGCACUCAACAGGCAUAGGCGAGAUUCAGUACAAGAACCUAAUGUCUUCGACAAACCAAUCAGGACAAAUGCGACCAUUCAAGUCUCGUCCGCGCGUGAAUAGUUGUCAAAAAGAUGUUCCGCCCGACCGCGAGCGCUGUCUGCAGAAGCCAAUAGGGAAAUACCGAGAAUUGGAAAUGUCUCCGUGGACGCUGAUCCUUGAUUACGCUCUACAUCCUACUUUCAAGUCGGCGGACAACGGCGUAAAUGAGUAA